UUGGCGCGCCAGUCUACACAUCAAUCCAUCCUAGCACCAGCGUUUGCUUAUAAGUUGUAGUAUCGAUGAAUACCUUAAUGUUUGUCUCCAGAAGCUGUGUGAGAUCGCCAUGGCAUCCGGUGCUUCACGAAAUGUCAGGUUUCAGAAUGACAUCGAGGUUCAGCACUUCAGAACAAGCCCCCGGGAAAACCUCAGCAGCAGGAAGCACGGCAAAGGCCACGACCCCAAGAAAUGCCGUCUGGGCUUCCGCGGCGGGUGCCUGGACAAGGCCUGCCGGAACCCGACCCUCAAGGAUCGGGUGCUGUCGCGCGCCUUCUCGGAGGAGCUGGAGUCGCUGGUGCACGCCGGGAGCCGCCUCUUCUUCGACCCGCGCGGGCACCUGAUCCACCUGUGGAACAAGAUCUUCCUGGCCGCCUGCCUGCUGUCGCUGUUCGUGGACCCGCUGUUCCUGUACCUGACGGGCACGCAGCGGAACACCUGCAUCGAGUUCAAGUACCCGCUGGCGCUGACGCUGUCCAUGAUCCGGUCGCUGCUGGACCUCUUCUACGCCGCGCACAUCCUGUUCCGCUUCCGCACCGCCUUCAUCGCGCCGUCGUCGCGGGUGUUCGGGCGGGGGGAGCUCGUCAUCCAGCCCUACAAGAUCGCAAGGAGGUACCUCGGCCGGACGUUCUGGUUCGACCUCGUCACCGCGCUGCCGCUGCCGCAGUUCGUCAUCUGGAUCGUCGUACCGAGGCUGAACGACUCGCCGACGGGGAACCGGAAGAACAUCCUCCGAUUCAGCAUCAUCUUCCAGUACCUCCCGCGGCUGUUCCAGAUCUUCCCGCUGUCGCGGCAGAUCGUCAUGGCGACCGGGGUCAUGACGGAGACGGCGUGGGCCGGCGCCGCGUACAACCUGAUCCUCUACAUGCUCGCAAGCCACGUACGCCGUCGAUCGCCUCUAUCUGGGUUCACCCUUAAUUUCCUCGUCGCAACACAAACUUCUUCUUUUACCUUGAUGAAAUUCUUCGUUUUUGGAUGGACACGGACACCGGACGAAUGCAUAUUGCAGGUGCUGGGAGCGCUGUGGUAUCUCUUCUCGGUGCAGCGGCAGGAAUCGUGCUGGAGGGAGGCGUGCCUGCUGGAGAGCCCGGCGUGCCAGACCAUGUUCUUCGACUGCAAGGCGGUGAGCAGCAACAGGACCAUCUGGUACGAGCUGAGCAACAUCACGAGCCUGUGCACCACGGGCAGCGGGUUCUACCCGUUCGGGAUCUACGCGGAGGCGCUGGACGCCAAGCUCACGUCCUCCUCCUUCACCCAGAAGUACUUCUACUGCUUCUGGUGGGGGCUCAAGAACCUGAGUUGCUUAGGCCAGAAUCUGUCGACGAGCUUGUUCAUCGGUGAAAUAGCCUUCGCCAUCGUCAUCGGCGUUCUCGGGUUGGUGUUGUUUGGCCUGCUCAUCGGGAACAUGCAAUCUUAUCUCCAGGCAACGAUGGUGCGUCUGGAGGAGUGGCGGUCGAAGCGGACGGACAUGGAGCGGUGGAUGCACCACCGGCAGAUCCCGCAGCCGCUGAAGCAGUGCGUGAGGCGUUACCACCAGUACAAGUGGGUGGCCACCCGCGGCGUCGACGAGGAGGCCCUCCUCAAGGACCUGCCCAUGGACAUCCGCCGCGACAUCAAGCGCCACCUCUGCCUCGACCUCGUCCGCCGGGUGCCCCUGUUCGACGAGAUGGACGAGCGGAUGCUGGAGGCCAUCUGCGAGCGGCUGCGCCCGGCGCUCUACACCCGGGGCACGCGGCUGGUGCGGGAGCUGGACACCGUGGACUCGAUGCUCUUCAUCAUCCGGGGCUACCUCGACUCCUACACGACGCAGGGCGGCCGGUCGGGCUUCUUCAAUUCGUGCCGCAUCGGCGCCGGGGAGUUCUGCGGGGAGGAGCUCCUGACGUGGGCGCUGGACCCGCGCCCCGCGGCGUCGCUGCCGCUCUCCACCCGCACCGUGCGCGCCGUGUCCGAGGUCGAGGCGUUCGCGCUCGUGGCCGACGACCUCCGCUUCGUGGCGUCGCAGUUCCGGCGGCUGCACAGCGCGCAGAUCCGCCACAGGUUCCGGUUCUACUCGCACCAGUGGCGCACGUGGGCCGCGUGCUUCAUCCAGGCCGCGUGGCGGAGGCACAAGCGCCGCCGCGCGUCCAUGGAGAUCAGGGUGCGCGAGGGCGGGGGCGUGCGGGCCGGGGGGAGCUUGAGGCGGUCCCGCCGGCAUAGCAUCGACGGCAAGGCGCUCAUCAAGAAACCCAUGGAGCCGGACUUCACGGUGCAAGAAGAGGACUAAUCAUCGAGACAUAGCAUUUCUUGGAUGUAUGAUUUUGUUAGUAUAUAAACUGUCCCGUGUAAAGACGACGUCCAAUGCAACCCUACUUUUGCAUAAUC